AUGCUGCCGCGGAAGCAAGAGGUAUGCUCUACGUCAUUUUUCCAGUUUGUCAUGCAAAAUUUAUUUUGCAUGGGUGGGUAAACGUCGCUCGUAAAAGAAACUCUGUAAGUUAGUAUGAUUUCUGAAAUUUUCAAUUUUGAAAAACCGAUCGCAAUACAAAACAGCUCGACCUGCCCGCGCCUCCCCCGCCGCCACUGCAGCACGGCGAACAGCCCUCAGCCUCUUCGAACAACCGCAUUGGAGCUGGACAACAGGUCGCUGCCUCGUCUUAUCAGGUCGGGGCUCCAGUUCCGGCGGGAGGUGUUUCAGCGCACCAGCAGCAGCAUGUGACCUCCACCGGGCGUGGUCCUCACGGUCAACAGCACCCGACGCACCAAAUGAACCGCGCCCAACAAGUUGGUGUUUCGCCGGCCAAGCCAUUGGACGAUACCGCGGAAACCAAGGACGGCUUCACUCCCAGAAGCGAAUAUGGGGAAGAUGACUACAGGUAUGAAGUUUGUAUUGCAGCAAGAAUGCAUAUGCAUCACAGAUGCGCAUCGUGGUAUACCUAUACCUCACUCAGGCUAACCUCAAACUUACGACUCUGAAUGAUUGAAAAAAAUUCUUGUGCUGCAAUUAGUACUAGAUGAUCGAUAAAAAUAAAAUGCAUAUAUCACUACCCAAACAGCGACAAUUACGACAAUCUCUCCGACGGCGUCCCCAUGGGUGGCGACUACACCAACACCCCUUUGCACCACGAACUGAUGCACGACGGUCGCGGUGCUUUAGCCGGGAACUUGCAAAACCUGAACUCCGGCAGCAAGCGGCUCUUCAACAGCAAGGCGGAUGGCUCUUGUCAGGAACACGUGCCGUUCGAGGGGUUAGUGUCGAAAUCCCGCGAGCAGAGCUCCACCCCGGGGCCGCACAGCGGUAGUUCAUCGGCUUCCGCUGAUUGCAGUUCAUCUGGGGGGAAAAAUGUUAAACAAGCGACGUUUCUAGAUGCCCAAGCCCAGCUACCUGGUGAGCCGCAGAAUAUCAAUCCCGACCACGCGAUUGGUAGUUCUGGUACGAAUUCGUCCAUGGCCGCCGCUGGUCCCCCGAUGCUGAUUUCUGGUAUAAGUCGGGCGAACGCGCAGAUCGGGCAAUCUAGUACAGCCAACAAGGCUGCUCCUGCAACGGCCAAUGCAGGAGGACUUGCACUUGGAGCUGCAGGCGCAGGCGUAUUUGACCAACAGGCGCCCCCGUUUAACGUCGAUAUGACGAACCUUGCUCCUCCACCCGCGAUGAACAACAUGAUCCCAGGGGCUUCGGGAAUGAACCAGACCGGGCUCCCCGUGCCGCUUUCCGUCUCCAAAUCCUGGGGCCGGCACGGCGCGACCAGUCCGCCGCCGGGCGUUUGCCCGCCCCCGGAGCCGCCGCGGGGAAUGCUUCCGCCGGGCAUUGUGGGCGGACCGUCGUUGCUGGUUUCAUCUUCGCAGCAACAGGGCAAUAACUUUCCUGCUGCAGGAGCAGGCUCUGGUGGUUUUAUUGCAGCUGCAGGAAAGCACGGUAGUUGUACUACCCCAAUGAACAAUUACAGUGACACGAAGUUGCCAUCGCCCCUGCAUAACCCGCAUAAUUCUGGUAAGGGUCAGCAGCCACUGCAUCCGAAGCAGCCGUACGCCGAGUCACAGUACGCCGGUGACGCCGGUGCCAAGGGUUCUCCCGCUUCUACCGUCGGGCGAAAUACUACAAACAAGCAGCGUGUGAAUAAGCGCGCGGCUUUUGCUGCGGAGCAGCAACACAAACUCCCGAUCAAUUCUUCGCAGCAGCAGCCCCCGCAGCACCAACAGCUUCCUGAUGUUUACAGCAUUCCGGUCCCCAUGCCGUCCUCCCGACAGUUGUUGCAGCCUCCAGGAGAAGCCAGUACCGCUGCAAUGCAACCUCCGAAUACAACAGCGAGUGCCACUGUUGUAGUUGAUCACCAAGAACCAGGCCUGUUCCCCUUCGCAUCGCAACAAGCCCCGACUCUUCCAAGCGCAGCCGCUGGGUCUUGCAAAAACAAGCCGACUAGCAAUAAUCCCGCCACUGCUGCUCCAUCCUACCAUCAAAGUGCUCCUGUUGGUCACCAGCCGCUAAAGCCGGAAGGACAGCUAACCAUGGAAGUUGGCCAGCAUUUACAGCCGGGUAGUGUGCAGGUCUUGAGUCGCAACCAGUCGACAAGCUACUCACCGGCGGAGAACUCUAGCACUAAAAUGACUACCUCCGCAGUAGGAGCACCCCAAGGUGGACCUGCCCCUCCUGCCGUUAUUGCUCAGCAACCCCCGCUGCCGGCAAGCAUGGGCACUGCGGCAACUACCAGUGCUGCUGCCGCUGCCGCGGCGCUGACGAAACAGGACAACUUUCAGAUUCCCCAGAAUCCACCACCGCCGCCACCAGUUGUUCCAGCAGUGCCGCAGGCAGCUAUCAUGCAACAGGACUACGGUAAAAGUAAUGUUGUCAACAACGAACAAGGAAUUUUGGACGACUUUUGCGCAGACAAUACUUUCAAUCCGGCUAAUAGCAGUAAUAUUGCUCCUCAGUUCGGGUCCCAACUUCUGGAAGACUCAGAAAUCGAACCCGUGGGCGACCAAGUUGUAGACCACAUGCUCACAGAACACAACGACGGCUGCGCUACAUCAACUAUGAACAACAUUCUGGACCACCAUAAUGUCAUCAACACGAAUUCCGAGCAAGAAAACCGGGAGAAGUGUAUGUCGAAGACCUCCGUCAUCUCCCACUUGACCGGUUCCAGCUCCAACAAGAACUCCGCUACGUCCAUGACGUCCAACGGCAACGGAUCGGACGGGAAAAACGGAACAACUGGAGGAAACAACAACACCGCUUCUGGCUCAGCCGGGGGUUCUGGAAAUUACAACCAAAGUAACCCGACCACCACCCCGGCUGGGCAGAAUAUCACGCCGCAAAACCCGCAUCCACAGUAUUCGAACGUGUUCAACAUUUACGCGGAUAAUGUGGAGGAGGCCUUCCGAGAGUUAGCGGAGCGUGAUUACGAUAACUUUAUCGGUGUGGAAUCCUUUUUCCCGGGGUUGGUGUUGCGGCCGACGAUUCCGUAUGCAUUGCAACAGUAUCUUCGUACUAGCUGUAGUCGCAUUACAAAUUUGCUCAGCAUUACAAAUGGAUUUUGUCAUGCUGGUUUAGCUUGGAAUAGGGAUUUGUAAUGGAGAACUGCGACUACAAAAAGUAUCGGAUACUUUUGCACAGGAUAAUCCGGUGGACUCGUUUUUGGAACACCACUACGCGACCUUGCGGAGCAAUGUGGACUGUAUAGUAGAGUGAAUUCUGAUAGUACAACAACCGGGCGUACUACACAACUUGCUUCUUUGUCAUGCAUAGAGCGACUACGAAAAAUCCAGUUUCCUUGACAGGCUUGCAUGACAAAAAAUCUUCAUUAUCAGGUACCAACUUGAUCCAGCUUGACUUGACAAUUCGGCGCAAGAGCAAGGAUCCGGAAUCGGACGCCCCGACCUACAAGACGUUUCGGUAAUAUAGCUUGGUUUUGUUUUUGAUAUGCAAAACAUGCAUGACAGAUUUACUUUCCCAUUCUGCUUAUGCAUGACAAAAUCAAUUUCAAAACUGUAUCAGGUUCCACUUCACCUACAAUCUGCACAACGAGCUCUACUCCGUCGACGCGAUGAGGAAAUUGGUGGAAGCGGGCUCGUUUUAUGCAUUGCAAAAGUAAUCGUACUGCUAGAAAUCGCAUGAGAAAUUUUCUCAGCAUGUGAAAAAUAAUUUGUAAUGAGGAUUUCCCUUAAGAUCGAGAUUUGUGAUGCAUCACUGCGAUCUUCACCAGUAAGAGCGCGAUACUUGUUUUGCAAUUCAUAGGUUUCAAAAUCCGACCAUGCAGAGCAAGCGGGCGUGCAUUGAUAGCAAGCGGUUUGCGGAGCUGUUUAUGACUUCUGGGUUGGUGCUGGACGAGGAGAUUAUCUGGAUCCCAAUGUAUAGUUUUAUCUUUUGCUAUAUUAGGUUUCAGACCAUGAGCAUGACGAUGACUUUCUCAAAUGCGACAUUGCAAAUAGAGAGAUAAUCUUGUGGUGCAUAACUGCAUGACAGACCUUCUCAAAACAUCAAAAUCCAGCUACGGCCUGAUGAUCCCCUUCGACGCGAAGAUCGAAACCCUCCCCGACUACCGCGACAGAGUUGCGAAAGACAUCAACCCGGCCCAGAUUUUCCGUGGCUUGUACGAUUUAGCGCACUUAUUGCAAGUGUUGAACGGCCGGGCGCCAUUACCCGAGAAAGUGGAUGAAUUUUACAAGGAAUUGGACACGUUUUUCCCGAUAUGAAACGCAAUUAUGUCUGGGUCUGGAAAGGUUGAACCUGUGUUGCGUGUCGCGCAUUCCUGAAAAAUCUGUAUUGCAUGAGCAGCGAAAGCGCCACACUUUCGCCAUGCAAAGUCGCUGUUUGUAACGCGUACUACCGAUGAGAAAGCGUCUGAAGAAUUUGUCAUGCUUCACUGCACUUCAAACUCAAAGCGCACUCAAUCAUGACCAUUCAGCAUCACAAGUUUCCAGACCCAGACAUAUUUGCAAUGCAUACCCGAAGCGGUGCAUUGCGAGUUUCCACGACUUUACCUCGCUGUUCUUCUCUCGGAGUAAUGAGGAGUCGAUCACGACGCUGGAGAAAUUUGCCUCCGACCAGCAGUCUUACCUCCAGAAUUUGAACAAGUACGAUGGAAAGCCACCAACACUGGCUUCCACGAAAUUUCUCCGAUCUUCUGACGCGACCGGGUUUUUCGCGUUUCCGCCUGGGUUCUCCGGCACUGCGGGAUCACUGCUCGGGGGACUACAUGGCGCUGCAUCUUCUGGGAACAACAGCAGUUCUGGGUUGUUGCAAACGGCUUCUUCUGUCGGGAACAUUUUGCUGAACGGAGCGAGUACUAACGGAACCACGUCCCGCAGGGAAUCAACCGGAACUACGUCCGCCCCCUCCGGCCAGCACCCCGCGCCGGGGUCUCGGAGAGCGGAGGGAAGUGCGACAGUGAAUAAUAGUACGGUAGUUAACGGGAUUUCUGACACCGCAGCUACGGGAGAAAAUCACGACAACACUUAUGGAUGUGUCAGAGUUCAAAUCGACAAAGUUGAAAUAAUUUGCCAUGCAUAAAAUGGAUGCCAGUCGGAACCCAUUUUCUAAGUGGCGCAUGACAAAUUUCGGCGGUUUCUAAAUCCAGUUUGUCAUGCUGUUUAGGCAAAGAAGAGCGAUUCUCUCAUGCUACUUUAGCAGCUCGAGCUGUAACCCCAACCAGGCUUACAAUCGGCCUCACUUGCCUGCUCUGCAACACACGUACCUCGGGGCAUGCAUUUUAUGCAUUACAAAUUAUUUCAACUUUGACGAUUUCAAACGUGACGCUUCCAUAACACUGGAGAUGGCAAUAAAUCGGUGAUGACGACCAGCGACAGAGAUCGAGGGCAGAGUAUCGCGACUUCGAACUGA